GUUUCUAGAACAAAUGUUUCCUAUCGACGUUGUUUGAUGUGAGGACGCAGUUGGUGCGCUUAGAGCCUUAGAGCGCUAUAACAACGACAAGUUUUGUAGUUUUUCGGCUUUGUUGUGAGCAGUGUAAUGGCUACACCAGGACCUAAUAAGGACAACAUCAGAGCUGGGUGCAAGAAGUGUGGAUAUCCGGGCCAUUUAACGUUUGAGUGUCGAAAUUUUGUUAAAGUGGACCCUCAGAAGGACAUCGUUCUGGAUGUAAGCAGCACCAGCACUGAGGAGAGUGAAGAUGAUGCACCUCAGAUUCAGCGCAGUGAGAAGCGAAGCAGCCAGCAUCAGAAAGGUUCCCAUGACAGUGAUGAUGAUGACAGAAAAAGAAGACAGAAACAGAAGAAGAGCAAAGACAGAAAAUCAAGAAAGAGAUCUGAUUCGAGUGAGGAGGGGAUUUCCAAAAAAAAGAAGAAGCGCAGCAGGUCGUGCUCGUCCUCUGAUGAGGACCAUAGGAGGAAGAAAAAGAAACUAAAAAGCCAUAAGAAGAAAAGCAAAAAGAACAAAAAGGAGCACGUCAAGCAUCACAAAAAAAGACAGAAGAAAAGGAAACACGACUCUUCUUCCUCUUCCAGCUCAAGUGACUCCUCAGAAAGUGACUGAGCCAAUAACUGUGCAGCUUCUGGAUGCCCAUCAUAUUUAUUCUGCACUUCACAAACAGUGGUAUUUAGUAACAGUCUUAAACAAGGCACCUCACAAGUGUUGCAUGACUAAGAUGACAAAUUAAAAUGUGAUUUAGUGGCACCAUUAUAGAAAUUAAACAAAACCUACCCACAGUUCUUUAAAGCAUUCAGAAAAAAACAUGCACAAAGCAGGGAUCAUGUUCUGCUGUAGCUUCUCUUUGUGUUUCCAGGCUCUCUAAUUUCAGAAUUGUCAUUUUUGUUGUUGAGAUGCAUAGUUGUAGUCAUAAAACAUACUAGUGGAAGCUUUUCAAGUCCAAUCAAGACAUUUCAUGCAUGGAUGAAAUUCUGGAUCCUUUUGGUGUGAUGGGUUUCUAUAAGUUUCCAGCUGUUUCUGUUCUUAUUGUCUCUUUAACAUUUCUAUAAAAGAGAGAGGAAAAAAACACAUUUAAUUUGGCUGAUAUAUGUUCAUAUUUCAGUAUUGAUAGUCAGCCCACUUCUUUGUACUCUAUUUGAGUACAGAAAUUAAGAGUUCAUUCCAAAGCAUCACAAAUGUCAAUUUUGUGUACUGUCAUAUACUGAGCCUCUUUGUGCAGCUUUGUUACUUUGUUAUUCACCACUUACUUCUGUUGUAAUAAAACUUUAUAUAUGUUUA